ACCACCUUCCCAGCGUACCUCGCGGCCGCCGGCACUACAAGCCGGGGGCGCGGCGCUUUUCUGGUGGUGGCGGUUUGUCUGUUCGCUCGCCCUGCGAUUCUUAGAGCCGCCGAGUGAGAGCUAGCGUGGCCCUGCUAGCCGUUCAGCUAUGCCCCCCAAGAAGCAGCAGCAACCGGCGGGGGGCAGCAAGAAGGCGGACCAGAAGAAGAAGGAGAAGAUAAUCGAGGACAGAACAUUUGGCCUAAAGAAUAAAAAAGGUGCAAAACAACAGAAAUUCAUCAAGGCUGUGACUCACCAGGUUAAAUUUGGUCAGCAAAAUCCACGUCAGGCUGCUCAAUCAGAAAGUGAGAAGAAACUGAAAAAAGAAGAUAAGAAAAAAGAAUUACAAGAAUUAAAUGAACUCUUCAAGCCUGUGGUUGCUGCACAGAAAAUUAGCAAAGGUGCUGACCCCAAAUCUGUAGUUUGUGCUUUCUUCAAACAAGGACAGUGCACUAAAGGAGACAAGUGCAAGUUUUCUCAUGAUUUGUCUCUGGAACGGAAGGGUGAAAAACGAAGUGUCUACAUUGAUGCAAGAGAUGAGGAUCUUGAAAAAGAUACAAUGGAUAACUGGGAUGAGAAGAAGCUGGAAGAAGUGGUGAACAAGAAGCAUGGUGAGGCGGAAAAGAAAAAACCCAAAACUCAAAUAGUCUGCAAAUAUUUCCUUGAUGCUAUUGAAAACAACAAAUAUGGAUGGUUUUGGGUAUGUCCUGGUGGAGGAGACAACUGCAUGUAUCGCCAUGCUCUUCCUCCAGGUUUUGUAUUAAAAAAAGAUAAAAAGAAGGAGGAAAAGCAAGAUGAAAUUUCUUUAGAAGAUCUAAUAGAAAAAGAGCGUGCUGCCUUAGGACCAAAUGUUACCAAAAUUACUCUAGAGUGUUUUAUUGCAUGGAAGAGAAGAAAAAGACAAGAAAAAAUUGACAAAGCUGAGCAAGAUAUGGAGAGGCGGAAAGCAGAUUUUAAAGCUGGCAAAGCAUUAGUGAUCUGUGGACGUGAAGUAUUUGAAUUCCGCCCAGAGCUGGUUGAUGCAGAUGAUGAAGAAGCAGAUGACACCCAUUAUAUUCAAGGAAUAGGAGAAGAUGAUGAGAUGGAAGACCCUGUGUGUAUAAAUGAUGUAGACUUGAACCUGUAUGUCCCAAAGGCUGUAGACGAGACUGGUAUUACUGUGGCUAGUCCUGAGCGAUUCAGCACAUACAGUUCAAUAGAAAAAGAUGAUAAUAAAUUAAGUGAAGCUUCUGGUGGUGAUAUAAACAGCAGUGAGCAAAAUGACUUGGAGGAAGAUAAUGAUGAAGAUGAGGAGUUGGAAAAUGGAGUAAUUGAUGCAGUUCCAGUUGAUGAAAAUCUUUUCACUGGAGAGGACUUGGAUGAACUAGAAGAAGAACUGAACACUCUUGACUUAGAAGAAUGAAUUAAAAAGCUCAAGUGAGGAAUUAAAUCUAUGUGACAAAAUGAAAACUGACUAUAUUAUUUUUUACUCCAUAGAGUUCUUAAACAGGAUGUUUAUGGUUACCCAGCUGAUUCUGAUGAGCACAUCAUAUACCAGGAAUAUUUUCCUUGAGUCUCAUCUACUCCAGUUUUGACUAUGCUCACAGUAAAAUAUUCAGAGUAGUUGAGAAUUGCCUGGCAGUUGAAGUUGCAGAAAACCAGAUUAUAACUUUCAGCUUAAAGUAGGAAGUGUAGCUUCUUUGCCAGUAUGAAAGUGUAAGUGGGCAGUUUGAUACUAGGUACGGUAUAAAACAUUCUUCACCAGAACUGCAUUUUUAUUAGUGAUUGUGGUGAUUCAGAAACUGCCCAAAGUGUUCUUUAGGCAACAUACUCUAAUGAAGCUGAUGCAGAUUAUGCUUCAAGUGGUGAUUACCUUUAUUUGAUCAGCUGGAUAUUGAAGAUUGUGAACUCGUACAUCAUACAAUACAAUAUGGUGCCCUUUGUUUAAAGUGUUUUAAAAUUUCCCACUGCCUUUUGCCAACAAAACUAAAUAAAAACUAUCAACUUUAAAAAAUGUGUAUGGAUUUCUCUGUUUAAGUUACGUUAUCAUACGAAACUGUUAAUACCUUCAUUUUCUAAUACAGCGAUAAAUACUUCUCUCUCCAGUUCUGAUGUAGAAGUGACAAUGGCUUUUGUUAAAUUACAGUUAACUGCAGUUAUUUUUCUACACUUAAUGCAGCAUAAAAUUCAGCUGCUGAUUUUGUUUUCCCAUGCUGUUCUCUCCUACCCAUCCAUUAACUGAUUUAAUAUGUUAUACCUUACUCACUGUUAUUUGAGUCUCAUUCUAUCCCUGCUGUGUUUUGUGUAUUAGCUAAGAUUUCAAGCUCUGUAGAGCAGGGAUAUUGCAGUCUAAAAAAUGCCUUGCAUAUUUUUGGUGUUCUAUCAAUAACACCAAGUUCUGCAGUACAAAAUUGCCUCAAAGUGGAGCAGUGUUGUACUCUGUGUUGUGUACCAUGUAGGCAGCAUUUACUGUCAGGCUUAAAUGGAGUCGGUGUGUCCUUCAAAAAUCUAUUGAAUCCCUGCCAUAAAGAUUUCUCAGUAGUAGGGCUUUUUCAAAGGUUAUGCUUCCUUGCCACACAAACAGUAUCUGCAAUAGUAUUGCUGAGCUAGUGCUAUCAUUCGUAUAAUUUUUUUUUUCCUAAAACCUUUAAAUUACUCUUUAAAAGGUCAUUAAGAUUUAUGGCAUUGUUAGUGACCUUUCUCAAACUGCUUUUGAGUGGUACUAUUAGCUUUACUGGUUAUUUCUCACACUACUAAAUUGACUCUUGAAUCUUGAAUGCUGUUUUUAAAAUGUCUGACUUAAUUAUUUUGCCCUUUUGGGGGUCUGUGGCAUUUGUUCUUUUCUAUAGGAACAACAAGCAGUGUUUGGGAGAAGGAAGCCUACUGAAAUUGACUUAUAAAUGUAAGUAUUUAAGGAAGAGCUGCAAUAUCAGGUAUAAAUAUUUAUUUAUAGAAAGAAGAAUCUAUAGGUUCUUCAUAGAAGAAUCUCCAUAAACAGUGCUGACAGAUUAUUGUAUUAUACUGGCCAGUGGUAGGAUACUUGGAUAUCAGGACACUCAAGAAUACAAACCAUUGGAAUGUAUGAUGCAUAAUUUUCUGAAGUUGUAUAUUUUAAAUGGGAAUAAAAGUAAUCAUUGUCAAGAA